AUGCCACGGGCGAUGCAGCCUCUCAGGGUGGAGCCACCAGCGGAGUGGAACACGCCUUGCCACGUGCAGCCGCUGGAGUCGACCAACACCAACGUCGCAGCGCGUGAGGCGAUGUCUCGUCUCGCGCGGCGUCCUUUGGUUGGUGCGCCGACCUCGCCUCACAAGGCGGAGAGGGCCGCGUGCCGGAGAGCGGGUCGGGCUUCCAACGCGGGCGUGCACGCGUACAACCGCGGUGUCCUCUACGAAAACAUGGGCGCGCACGACGACGCGCUCGCUUGCUACAGAGAAUGCCUCCGCAUUGCCCUAGAAAGCAACGAUGCGACCUCCGAGGCGCUGGCUUGCAACGCGAUCGGAGUCAGCCUGCAGACACGGGCGGUUGCGGGUCUAUCGGCGGCAUCGCACGAUGCAGGAGAGCUAGAGGGCACCGCGACGCAGCUUACGGAAGAGGACGAGUCGCUGUUGCGCGAGGCGCUGUCGUAUCAUGAGCAGCACGCGCAGGCGCUGGCGCGGGAGGCGUUUGAGCACGCGAUGCGCGAGGCGGAGCUGAGCGGCGACCAGCGCGUGCGCGAGCUCGCGCGUUGCUCUGUCGGGAUCGCCGAGGGAAGCCUUCGGUUCGAGGGGAUGCUCGCCGCGGCGGCGGAGGGCGCGGGGCGCGAGGGUGAUGUGGCGUGA